AUGGAACUCAACCGAGAACAUUUUCGCGCCAUAAUUUAUUACAACUUUCAGAGACAAUUCUCGCAACAAGAAUGCCUUGCUGAGUUACUGUCUGUUUUCGGCAACGAAGCGCCACAUCACGACGAUCCCAGGGUGGGUGCACCAAAAAAGGCAGGCACCCAGGAAAACGCCAAUGCUGUGCGCAAACUCAUCAUUGAAGAUAGACAUGUGACAUAUCGAAAGAUUGAGGUGUCCUUGAAGAUCUCAAAGACCUCAAUUCAAAAAAUUUUACAUGAACAAUUAGAAGUAAGAAAAUUAGUUUCUCGUUGGAUACCCCACCUGUUGACUGAAGAGCAGAAAGCAGCCAGGGUUAAUUGGUGUCAAAAAACGCUUGACCGUGUCAAUUCCGGAAACUCAAAAAAUGUGUACAGCAUUGUUAGUGGUGAUGAAUCAUGGAUUUACUGUUAUAAACCAGAAAAUAAACGACAGUCGGCUGUUUGGGUGUUCCAAGGUGAAGAAAAUCCAACAAAAGUCAUCCGUUCUCGAAGUGUUUCGCAAAAGAUGGUCGCGACAUUUGUGUCAAAAGCGGGUCAUAUUGCAACAAUUCCUCUUAAUGAGCAAAGAACUGUUACUGCGGAUUGGUAUACCACCAUUUGUUUGCCAAAAGUCAUCACCGAGCUUCGAAAAAUCAACCCCGAAAAAAGAAUCAUCCUCCACCAAGACAAUGCAAGCUCGCACACAGCCCAAAAAACAAGUCCCGAUCUAAGUCCUAACGAUUUCUUUACUUUCCCGAAAAUUAAAAACAGACUGCAAGGUCAAAGGUUCCACUCACCAGAAGAAGCAGUUGACGCAUUCAAAAAUGCCGUUUUGGAUCUGCCAGCAAACGAGUGGAAUAAGUCCUUCGAAAAUUGGAUCGAGCGCAUGUAG